GAAAGCCUCUACUCCCAUAAUCAGGUGAAACAUUACUAUUUUCUCACAUUCUCUGUUUCUCACUUCUGUUUCAGUGUUUCUGUUGUCAGUAGCAGUGACAGACUUUCAGGCUCAUUGUGAGGAUGAGGCUCACUGUGCUCAGCGUGCUGUCCUUACUCUUGCUGAAUAUUACCCUCUGCUGUGGAGACGCUCAAGAUGCUGAGCUGAGCCUUAAACCAAACGUGUCCCAUUUAUUUGCUGGAGAGUCUGUAACCUUCAUCUGUGACAUGAGAGAGGGAAAUGCCACUGACUGGCUUUACAAAUUCAACUGGAAUGAUCAAGAAAUGAUCAGCUUAACUAAAAGUAGCUCCUACUCACAUGCUGAGCUGAGCCUUAAACCAAACGUGUCCCAUUUAUUUGCUGGAGAGUCUGUAACCUUCAUCUGUGACAUGAGAGAGGGAAAUGCCACUGACUGGCUUUACAAAUUCAACUGGAAUGAUCAAGAAAUGAUCAGCUUAACUAAAAGUAGCUCCUACUCACUUUACCUGACAGCAGAGCUGAGUGGAAAUUAUCAAUGUAUUGGUCGCCGCAAUGGCUUAAAAGAUUUUACAAAACAGAGUAAUAACCUGACUCUGUCCAUAUCAGCACUCAGACCCACAGCGACUAUAACAGCAGACAGGACAACUAUUCCAGUGGGGGGCUCGGUGACACUGACCUGCUCUGUUCAGGGCUCUGCUGGCUGGACAUAUGAUUGGUUCAGACAAGUACCAGAUUCUCGUGAAGUAGCAAUUAAUACAAACACUUUGCAGAACUUCAUUAGUGUCUCAGACGAAGGCAUCUAUCGGUGCAGAGGAAGAAGAGGAAACCCAGUUUUCUUCACAAACCUCAGCAAAGUGUAUCACAUUCAGAAAACAUUGUCCAACAGGGCCUUUGUGACUCUGCAACAGAACUGGACUCAGAUAUUCAGCGGUGAGAUGAUCACCAUCAAAUGUGAGAUCCAAGGAGGAGAAAACACUGAAAACAGGCCUGCUGUGACUCUGCAUCCAAACUGGCCUGAGGUAUAUAGAGGAGAGACAAUCACUUUGAAAUGUGAGAUCCAGGGAGACACUGAGUGGGAUUAUGAGUGGGCAACAAGCAGCUCACAUCAACCUCCAAACCAAAAUGAAUACAAGAUUAACUCUGUUUCUGCAUCACACUAUGGGCACUACUGGUGUAAGGGCAGAAUGAGAAGUGCACAACAGAAUUCAACAAUGUGGAGUGCAUCCUUUGAACUAAAGAUAGUUUAUGAACGUCAUCCUGUCCUCACUGUGUCUCCAUCAUGGCUGAGUCCUGGAGCCUCAGUAACUCUGAACUGUGAGGUUGAACAUCCGUCUGCAGGAUGGAGCUUCUACUGGUAUAAACUUAUUAAACAGGAGUCAGGCAUGUAUCACCCCUACCUCUAUUACCCCUAUGACUAUUACUCCAGACACAGACACCGGAUUCAUCAUAAUAGAAUUAAUCGCCUCUACAAGUAUGAAUUAUUACCUGGAAGCAUCAGUGGGACUGCACAGGACUCCUACAUCAUUCAUGGACAGACACACACAGCAGGAUAUGUGUGCAGAGCUGGAAGAGGAGACCCAGAGUAUCACACUGAUCACAGUCAACCAAAGUUUGUCUGGUCUGCAGAUGUAAAUUCAGCAGCCUCUCUCACAGUCAGUCCUAACAGUGUGCAGCACUUCAUUUAUGAUUCAGUAUCUCUGAAUUGUUCUGGAAACUCUUCUCAGUGGAGAGUUAUGACAUUUACUCAGGACGGCUAUCUGAGAGAACUCCGGGAAUGUGGAAACCGGGGGAUAAUGACUGAAUCCACAUGCAACAUAGAUCUUCACUGGUUCCUCCGGUACCAAGAUGCUGUGUCCUGGUGUGAGUCUGAAUCAGGACGACAAGAAUCAACAUCCACGACAUGA